AUGGCCACCUGCGAUGCAUUGGCGCUUGUUUCGAUUGUCCCAAAGAGGAAGGGUUUUGCGCUGCUUCAGAACUCUACGCACAUGGACACAAAACAAGAGAGACGACAAGAGAGUCUGACACUUUGUCUGCAGCUCUUCCCAAUGCGUAACAUGCUCCGGUCGACGGGCCCUAAGCCUGCAGCGUCUGUGCCCUACGAGGGUCCCUGGGAUACUUGA